GUGUGUGUGUGUGUGUGUGUGACCCCCUUUUGGAAAAGGAAAAAAAAAAAAAGAAAGAAAACUAGGCGGUGCCUGGAGGACAGGCCAGGGCUCUAGUGCUGCGGGAGAAGGACCCGGGUGCUGGCGUCAGAUCCCCAGCGCAGGGACCAUGCUCGCUGAAUGACCCCGAGUUCCCUCCCAGAGGCGCUCGCUCACUAACCAACCCUCUGGACCUGACUGCGACUCGGUUCUUGGUCCCUGGGCUCCUUGGCUCCCCCACCCCGAUUCUUGACCCAAAGUUCAACCCUGAGAGACACCCCCCCCCCACCUCCCACUUCCCAGGCUUUGGGCUUGUAAAGGGGAAAAGCCCCACUUUUGCCUCGUCACUAGAAACCCAGUCAUCUGAGUCAGCCGAGCAGGUGACGUUAGGCCGACCCGGGCUCCUGGCUAGCAGAACGGAGGCGCUGCCACGAAACUCGUACCUGCGGCUAAGGGCAGGGCUAUUUUAUGAUGCUGGAAAUUAACCCUGGGACUUGUACAUGCUAGAUAAAUGCUCUGUCACUGAGCUACACCUCAAGUCCUCAUCUGUGAUUUCAUGUCUGCCGCUCUAAUUAUGAAAAACCUUGAGUUCUCUAUCUAGAGAACUGAAUUUGGACACCAUUCUGCUGUGACACUUUGGAAGUAUAGAAGCUGAGAUGUUAUAGUGAGUCUCCCAUGGCUUCCUGUGUAUGAACCAGAUGUGCUUCCAAGAGCAAAUAACAAAAGAACUAGUAGAUAGACAUUGACAUAAGCUCUCAGCUACUACUCCAGUGCCAUGACUGCUUGCCUGUCACCAUGCUCCCAGCGUGAUGGUCAUGGACUCACCCUCUGAAACUGGUUGCUGAAUAUUAAUAUGUGUACAUUCAACUUUAAUAGAUAAGGCCAAUCAUUGCUUCAUGGAUCACAUCAGAAAAACUGAAUGUUGCAAAUUUAAGAUUAUUCUGUGAGUUCCGGAAACUCGAAUCACAUGCCUCAGAGUUCGAGUCUCUUUAGAGCUGGACUCAUGGUGGGCAGGCGACACGGCAGCACAUUGACAGAGCAGCCACGGAGAUCUGCCAUGGGACAAUACAGAACCAGUGUGUGUUCUGCAGUCUGCAGUAGAUGGCAUGCGCACUUUGGUCAAGUUCGUCAAGAUGUCCACCAUCCCGAAGCACUUCGGACUGACAGCCAGAGAAGAAUCGUACAUGUUUAAAGAGCUGGAGAAGGUUCGCCAGGAGACCAAAAAGGAAUGUUACCAGUUCAAGCAGAAGCUGGCGGCCAGGCUGCCUUGGAGGGCAUGUCCUGAGGAUGACUUCGAGGACCAGGACGGGGAGGCGCGCCCGUGCAGCGCCGGCAGCUCCGGGGCCCAGAGGCCAGCGUCCUUGGGGGCCAAGCCCUUGUCGCCGCCGCCGCCGCCGCCGUCUAAGGUGCAGAGCCCAGAGCGCCCCGCCAAGGCCGACCUGCAGGGGGCGCCGCAGAGCACGCGGCGGCGCGGCCCCGGGAAGCCCGAGCCCUUCCGUCCCCGGGACUUCUACCUGCGGAGCUCGGCGUUCCUGCGGCACCAGUCCCCUAGAGCGCCGCCGGCCAUCGCCCGCCAGGCUGGCACCGCCAAGCCGGCGCGCCUGCUGCGGCCGCGCUCGCGCCACAAGAGGCGGCACGUCAAGAUCCAGGGGGAGCAGGUGUCCAGGCGCGUCUUCCCCAUGAGCCCCGCGCACCAGGCCCCGGGGAUCGAGGUGGCCCGCCCCCGCUACCGACAGGCCAGCUCCUUGUCCAGCCUGAGCAGCGAGACGGACGAGAGCGGGCGGCUGCUGCGCAGGCUGCGGAUCCGCACCCACUUCCUGCGCGAGGGCAUGGGCUCGGCGCGGUGGUUCAGGCCCCUGUCGAGAACCGGGCGUGAAAUGUCGUCGUCGGGCCAGGCGUCCCUGCAGAUGACACGCGCCUUCCCCACGAACAUAGAGGAGAUCGUAGCCUCCCUGCAGUCCGAGGCCCAGAGGGCCUCAGACCAGACCAUCAAGGAGCUCAUCCAGAGCAUCCUGGGCCAGAACUACGACCUCACCAAGGAAGGUAUUUCUUUGAUGGAACAAAUGUACUUUGGACCAUCUCAGGUACCAGUACAAACACCUGAGCUAGAAGAAGAGAAAGAGUUCCAGACAACUACUAAGGAACGGCCAGUUACGCAAAAUAUUUAUGAGGAGGUUCCUGAGGCUGUGUCAAGUGUCUUCCAGAUUGAACAGGAGGAUCUUUCCGAAUGGGGACUGUUAGGAGACGAGAACUUAGCGUUUAAGUCUCAGGAAAUGUUAGAAACUGUGUUACCAGAGGACUCCACUAUGCACUUGGAAGCUGGUCCUCCCACAACUGCCGCCAAAAAAAACCACCAAGCAGCCAUCUUUACAACUCCAGAAUUCUUGCAUAUCAGAGGAAAAGAACUUAAACGAAUACAAAGAAGUAGACCAGUUGUUGUUAAGCCGUUGAAACGAAUAAAGUCUGUAAGAUCUCAGCCGGAAAAAAAAAUAAUUAAAAAAAUCCCCCAGGUCCAUCACAUCCCUCAUCUUCAUGACCUGUGUUGCACAGUUCCAGCUGCGGAGCUGCCUGUGGAUCUGCACCUGGCGUCUCGAGUGUAUCACACUCCGGACAGGACAGGUCACAAGACUUUGCUUAGAUUCUUGAGGACAUCUGUCUUCUGUGGUCACUCUAUGGAUGACCAGAGAGACAGAAUAGUGUAUGGCGUUCCUGUUAUGAGUGAGGAACAACGACAAAUCGGUGUUUCACCAAUCCCAACAGAGGAUUUCCCUGAAUUGGCUCAGACAAGUCAAUGGCAAGCUCGCCAACCAAACCUGAAGCUCUCAGGAGAAGAAGUGUCUGCAUAUCCGGGAACUUCAAGGAUGUUUUGGAAUCUUGCUGCACCCAAAUUUGCGAUUCCAGAAUCAACCAUGAGGGAAACUUUAUAUCCAAAAUAUGAGAGUGUUCAGUCAAGUAGAAUCUUAAUUGAGAAAUUGUCUGCAAGCCAAGAAAGUGUGAUUAUUUCAGAUACAUACCCCAGAAGAAGUUUUAAGUCUUUAAUAGUAAAAAAAUCUGCAUCAUAUGAGAAUAUCCAAAAAUAUUCCAGUGCACCACAUACACGAUUAAAGAGAUCAAAGUCUACAGCUGAGUUGAGGAAAGAAGAGACCCCACCUCCAUUUAUAGUUAAGGAUGACAUAGACAGCAACCUGAAACAUCUACUGUACCAGAAGAAGAUGGAGCUGGACCGCCAGAUUGCCAGGCAAAAGGGAAUAUUUGAGCCCUCCAUCAAAGGCAGCCUGGAAACUGUGCACGAGUCAGAAAGCAUGAAAUACCUGUCUGUUUCUCUGGUUGAAGAAUCACGAAAAGCUGGCAUUACCUACAUUGUAUACCCUAGGAAAAGGAAGAAACUAUGGAAGAAAGGAUUGAAAUUCCAGAAGAUUGCACUGGUGUAUGAACAGCUAUCCAAGCCUCCAAAGAAAUUAGAAAGAUCAACAUCUCAUGGAAUACUUCCUGGACAGAAAAAAUUUUUCCUUAAAGUUCCAGUAUACGAACGUCAAAUAAGGUCUCCCAGUGUACCCAUGAUUUUAAAUUUUGAUAAAUUUGUUCAAAGUAAAGGAGGAAUACCAGAAAAUACUGAUCCUCGAACAUGGGUUAUUGAGAUGUUUUCUAAAGAGAAACCUCAGAAAACACGUGCACCAGUUAUACAUAUUCAAAAAGACAUCCCAGAACCAGUGGCAGAGCUCCCCAAACUGGAACUAAAUGAUCAUGUAAAGUGUGACCUUCCACCAGAGGUCAUUAAGUAUUAUGAGGCUGAAGUGGAGAGGUUGACUCAAGAAAUAAAAAAUGAGAAAAGAAAUCCUGUGUUCGCAUAUUGUAGGCGUGGAGCUAUUUACAGAAAACUGGGAAAGUUGCAAAGUGCCAUGAAUGACCUCCAGGAAACCAUAUUUGUGGAGCCAUUGUUUCUAAAUGCCUAUUGGCACAGACAUUUCAUUUAUCUUUUCCAAGACAAAAUUAAUGAUGCUUUGGAUGACUUGAAUUUUAUAAAUAAAUAUAAUAAAAACCAUGCAGAGGCAUACUUGUCAAAGGCAGAGAUUUUCAGAGAGAAAAAGGACUACACAUUGGCGAUUUUGAAUUACAGCCAGGCAAUUAAGUGCAGGCCCAAAGACGCUGACCUUUAUUUCAAGAGGGGGGAGUUGUAUGAGAAGACAAACAGCGUGCUGGCCAUUGAUGACUAUUCAAAAUGUAUUUUCUACGAUCCCAAGAGAACAGAUGCAUGGAUGAAACGUGCAAUGCAUUGCUUUGAAAAUGAAAACUGGAUUGGAGCCAUAUAUGAUUUUACAGCUCUGUUAAAACUUGAGCCCCGAAAUACUCAUGCAAGGACAAACCGAGGGAGAGCGUAUUCUAAAAGGGCUUUUUAUAAACAAGCAAUCCAAGACUUUUCUGUUGCCAUCCACUUAGAUCCUAACAACUGGUUAGCACUGUACUACAGAGCCUGCUUAUUCAGGAAGACCAACCCUCACAGAGCCCUGCAGGACUACAGUGUGUCAGCUCUCAUAAAUGAUGGAUAUGAUAAUCUUAAUUGCUUUCUCCACCGGGGCAUACUCUAUGCACAACUAAAACUUUGGAUGCUGGCAAUUUGUGAUUUUGAAACUGUUAUUUCUCUUGAAAGAACUGCUACUUUGGCUUAUAUAAAUAUUGGCCUCAUAUAUCUACUAUACCUGGAUAAUUACACUGAAGCCUUUUUGAGAUUUACUGAGGCUAUUAAAGUUGAUCCUUUAUUUAUUCAAAGCUAUAUUUGUAGAGCAGAAACCUAUCAUAAGCUGCACAAGUUGAAAAAGGCGGUGUGUGAAUUAUCCCGGGCUAUCCACCUCCAGCCAGAUGGAAUCCAGCUCUACAUAAUAAGGGGACAAUACCUUCUUAUGAUGAAGUGUCAUGAUCUUGCAAAGCUCACUAUUUAUCAAGUAGCAGAAAUGAACAAAGGUCUCAUUGAGCUGACACCAAUACAGCAAGCACUCAUUUACUCCUUUUGUGAAAACCAUGACAAGGCCAUUCACGUCUUGGAAGGGGUCAUAGCCAGUAGACCAGAGAUCUCCACUUUAGCACUCUUGGCAAAAGCCCAAAUGAAGGCUAAGAAAAUCAAGGAAUCUGUGAGAAUAUUUAAGAAGGCUUUGGAAAUGUUUUCAGCUUCUGACAAAGGACCGAGUGCUGUUUCUGUUUCAGCAGAGUGUCUGUAUAACCUGGGUCUUUGCUACAUGGAGGAAGGCAACUUACAAAUGGCUUUUGACUCUUUGACAAAAGCUGUGAAAGCGAAUCCUGAGUUUGCAGAAGCCUUUUAUCACCGGGGACUUUGUAAAGUGAAACUCAACAAAGAGAACUCAAUUCUGGAUUUUAAUCGAGCGAUUACUCUCAAUCCCAAACAUUACCAGGCAUAUCUAUGCCGAGUAGCCUAUUAUGGUUUAAAGGGCAGAUACUCCAAGGCAAUUCUGAAUUGUAACGAGGCCAUCAGACUUUACCCGAAGAGUGUACGUGCCUACAUCUGCAGAGGAGUUCUGAAAUACUACAACAGGAGUUACCAGCUAGCUAUUGCAGAUUUAACUACAGCCAUCAACAUGGACAAGAACAGUUACGCAGCAUUUUAUAACCGAGCGUUGUGUUACACCAAGAUAAGGGAACUUCAGAUGGCUCUAAGAGAUUAUGGCAUUGUGCUGCUUCUUGAUGCGGGAGAAAGAAUAGCAUUAAAUACCUUCAUUAACCGUGGACUCAUCUACACUGAACUAAAGCAGUAUGGCUUUGCGCUAGAGGAUUAUAAACAAGCUGCACUGAUCAGCCAGACUAGCGUGAGCCUUUGUCAAGCUACGGCCAUGUGCCACCACAGAAUUAAAGAGUUUGAAGGAGCUGUUGAGUUCUUUACCAGAGCUGUUAAGAUUAACAGACGUUUUCUGGAUGCUUAUAUUGGACGGGGGAAUUCUUACAUGGAGUAUGGAGAGGACGAGGCCCUAAAACGAGCGCAGAAGGACUUCCUGAAAGCGCUGCAUAUUGACCCGUCAUGUUUAAAAGCCAGAGUUAGUCUAGGCUAUAACUUGCAGGCACAAGGAAAAUUCCAGAAAGCUUGGAUUCACUUUACUAUUGCCCUAGAGGCUGAUCCAAAGAGCUAUCUAGCCUAUGAAGGACGAGCUGUGGUUUGUCUUCAAAUGAGUAAUUAUUUCGCUGCGAUGCAGGAUAUUAACAUUGCCUUAAAGAUCAAUACUACCGCAGAAUUCUUAACAAAUCGUGGUGUGAUCCAUGAGUUUAUGGGUCAACAACAGAGUGCAAUUGCGGACUAUCAAGCGGCCAUUUCUCUGGACCCCAAGUACUCGCUGGCUUACUUCAAUGCCGCAAACAUCUACCUUCGCCACCGGCAGUUUUCUCAGGCAAUUGACUACUUUUCAAAGGCGUUGGCGUUUAAUCCAGAAAAUAAGCAUGCUCUCAUGAAUCGAGCUGUUGCAAACACAUUAUUGAAGAGAUAUGAAGAAGCAGAAAAAGAUUUUUCAUGUGCAAUUGAGCACUGUCCCCACUGGGCUGCACUGUAUUUUAACAGAGCAAUUUUCCACUUCUGCUUGAAGCAGUAUGAACUCGCCGAAGAAGACCUUGGCAUAGCCCUGUCUUUGAAGCCCAAUGAAGCUGACGUGUAUAAUCUCAGAGCACAAGUUCGUGGCAAAUUAGGACUGAUAGAGGAAGCUAUGAGUGACUAUAACCAAGCCCUUGACCUUGAAGAAUGUCCCCCGGCUAUGUAAUUAUACAAACUCUUGUGGUUUCUGCACUAAGUUAAGUGUAUAGUCUUCCUGAAACUGAAGUAUAUUUGCUGUAUAGAAAUGCCACCAUUGUUAUUGUAUUUAUUGCAUGUACUAAGUGGCUAUUCUUUUUAACCACUUAAUAUAUUAAAAAACUAUUUAUAUUAAUUACAAAACUUUUCCAUGAUUUCAGAAAUGAAUUUGGUGUCAUGUAGUCUUGCUUACAUCGGUGAAGUAAAAAGAAAUGGCUCUCUAGUUCACCUAGUACCUUGAUAGGUGAAUAUCUUCAUGGGAAACAAGGUCUUAAAAAGGAAUAUUAGUGCCUAAAGUAUUUUCUGAAAUAGUAGAAUAAUAAAAAAAAUCAUCAGCCUUUUUCAAUGCCUAUUUAAACAUAUUCAACGGUUUCCAGCUUGAAAAGAAUAAAUAUUAGCUGAUGGGUAUAAAAGACUGAGGUCUAGUGCGCCUCCUUUCUCCCCUUUACAUACUGUAAUACCAGCCUGGAUUCUUCCUGGCCCCCAUGCUCUUCCAGCACAUCAACAUGUUUCUUUUUUAUGCGCUGCUUACCUUCCAGAAUAACACCUACGAGGAAUUUUGAGCAUUCCUUUUCCUAGAGAUAAUCUAUUCUUUCUCUCAUUCAGAUUUCACAAAUAUACAACUAAGUAUGUAUAAAAAUCUGUGUAUGGUUGUAAUAAAUGUAUUUAUAGCACCCAGUGAAUACAAUUGAAACUUUUGGUCAUUUUUUUUUCCUACAGAGAAGAUCUUCCUAUGUAGUCUAGGUUGGCCUUGAGCUCAUGAUCAUCCUACUCCAGUCUCCCAAGUGCUAGGAUUUCAGGUGUGGGCCACAAUGCCUGCAUAAGAAUUCUUUAUGGGAUGUUUCUGAGAGAUCUUUGGGUUAAGCAGAGAGUCCUUUUUGUUUUAACGUCACUUCAGUAAUCAAGGCUUCCUGAUGUCUAACUUACUCAGAUUUGCCUCACUCAGUUUAUUUUCCUUCUGGGUGUUUUAUUCUCCUAAGUCAUCCCCGGGACUUUUGAGGACUGCUUUCACAGUGAUAAGGCACAGUUGUCCCUGAACUUCCUUAACUUUUAACUUGACAGCCAGCAUGUCACAAUAGAAAGUUGAUUGUAGUUUGUAAGCUACAGUGAGGACACAUCAUAUCAUUCAGGGAUAAUUUCCCUGGCACAAUGUAUCAAUUCAUCCUAGUGAGUUAUUUCAGCUGAUUAAUAAAACACAUUAUCUUGUCUUUUGGA